GGCUGGGGCGGUUGCACCUCUUGGUGCAAUCAGGGUCCGAAUGGUUCACUCCAUUCGACCCACUUUGAAUCUUUUCAGGGGCCCAAUUGCCCCAAGAUUAAGCUAAUGGGAUCACCUCCCAUUUUCAUGCUUAAUCAUCGUGCUAACUACGAUUAUCUCUAAGACAACUCCUGCAGCUUGCUCCGAUGCGUCAAUCGCUUCUUCCGGCGAGUUUCCGGCCAACUUCCGUCGAUCAACCGAUAACCCUCGGUGAUCCUCCUGCGGACAUCCGGCAUACUCUUGGACUUUGCGACGAUCCACUUGGCGAGUUCCGACGAGCUUCGCUUGGCAAGCUUCUGGACUUCUCGGAUCUGUUCUCUCUGAACCUCCGACGACCGUCCGAACUUCCGUCGAACUCUCGAACUCCCAACGUGAUCAUGAUCUUGACUCCGGCGCAACUCCUGCUGCUUGUCUUAAUCUCAUCGUAGUUAAUCCUGCACACUUAUCUCAACACAUAGAUUAGAUAACAAAUGACAAUUGACUUCAUCAUCAAAAUCCGAGAUUCAACAAUGAAUACAUCCAACAAGCUACAUAUUUGUACCAGUUAGAAGAGGAUUUGAUUACUAUUAAUGAUGCAAGGAAAGACAGGGGCAAACCGAAGAUUAAAUUUAUCAGAAACAACAGAAAGAGAGUUGACUCAGCUUGAUUAAUGAUGCACCAUCAGCAGAGCUUGAUGGCCAAAAAUAUAAUGUAGCAAAAUUUUCUCAUCUCCUUGUUGUCACCGCUGAAAAUGGACAUCACUCAUACAUGUCACUUAACCUAAUUCAUGAAACAUGGUAAUGUAACUGUAUUGAGUUAUUCUUCAGAAGGUUUCUUUUAUAAAGAAAUGAUCAACUUCUGAAAAAGAAUCUGCUGGGAGUCUGAGCUGGUGAAUUUAGGUUGAUGAAUAUUUAAAUGACCUCGAACGCAGACAUAUGUCUUAAUCACUAAUUGCUAAAGCUCAGCAACUUAUAAUUUUUGGUCUUAUUUCUUGGUAGUUAGAUAAACCUGCCAUAACAAUAAGUGCUUUGGUUUUUUGCAUGCUCUCUCUCUCUCUCUCUCUCUCUCCAAAAUUGAGGAUCCUUCAUUAGAUUGUAAACUUUAUUAAGACAAAAGAAACCUAAUGACUAAUUUCUAUACAAUGGGCAAUUGUGAAUAUUACAAACUAUGAUAGCUCUCUCUUUUUCUCAAUUUAACUCAGUUUUCUUCUUGUUUCAUUUAUUCAUCUUGAGAAUAAGUAGUUCUGGUUUUUGGUGCUUUGGCUGCAAUGCUGCUUCAGUUUACUUGGGAAGUUAUGACUCAGGAAAAAGCUGCAAGAGCCGAUGAUAUAGCACCUCUUAAAUACUGGGGUAUUGGUACUAAAUUGAAUUUCCAGGUUUGCAACUAUGAGAAAGAACUGGAGGAUAUCAAGAACAUGACUCGUGAAGAAUGCGUCACUUAUGUGAGAAGGUACACUAUAACAAGGAGGAGCAGUUGUUUUUCCAGAGGAGCUUCUGUUUAUAGAGGAGUGACAAGAAGGCAGAAAGAUGGGAGAUGGCAAGCUCAAAUAGGCCGAGUUGCUGGUAACAAAGAUUUCUAUCUAGGAACCUUCAGAACCGAGGAAAAAGCAGCAGAAGCCUAUGAUAUUGCUGCUAUCAAGCUAUGUGGCAUGAAUGCAGUGACCAAUUUUCACAUCAGCAACUACUGUGAGAAAGGCCUUGGACAACUAGAAGAUGAAGGGAGGGAUCCUGGUGGCAUCUCCCCUUCUCAACUGAAGCUGUAGCCAUAUUGUUGGAACAGAUGAAGAACUUUGGCAGAUGCAGAGGCCUUUUCCAUUAUCCAUGAAUGUUUGGCCGGUAAUUGUGUUUUUUGUUGAGCUUCCUUCAAUUGAAAUGAGAAAUUUCUUAUGUAACUAAAACAAACAACAUUCUCUGGUCACUGGAAUUAAUUUGAAUGCCACCAGAAGGAGACCGACUCACAGGAUUUCAUA